AUGGUAUUGCAAGCCAAUUCCUUAGGGUUUCUUCCCACAAGACUUCGAUUUUCAUCUCGAUACGCACUCUCACUUCCUCCUGGUUCUUCGUCAUUCGCAACGCGUCAAAACACUGAUUCGAGGCAAACCCUCGUUUGGAACAAACCGCAAGUACCGAUUUACUUGAGCCGAGGCGUUGUAGCAUGUUCUUCUUCUCGAUCUGAGCCAAGGCCCGAGUCAAAUCAAUCCGAAAAGAGUAGUAACUACGCUCGAGCUGAGCUGUUCCGUGGGAAAUCUGGUUCGAUUUCGUUCAACGGCCUAACCCAUCAGCUGGUUGAAGAAAGUAAACUGGCUUCAGCUCCGUUCCAAGAGGAGAAAGGUUCCUUCUUGUGGAUUUUGGCUCCUGUUGUGUUGAUGGCGUCAUUGAUUCUUCCACAGUUCUUUCUAAGUGGUGCCAUUGAAGCCACGUUUAAAAACGACACUGUUGCAGAAAUUAUUACUUCUUUCUGCUUUGAGACGGCGUUUUAUGCGGGUCUUGCGAUAUUCCUGUCUGUGACAGACCGAGUACAGAGACCGUACUUAGACUUCAGCACCAAGAGAUGGGGUCUAAUCACUGGACUGAGAGGAUACCUCACGUCUGCAUUUCUCAUGAUGGGUUUAAAAGUUGUAGUUCCGGUGUUCGCUGUGUACAUGACUUGGCCAGUUCUCGGACUAGAUGCGCUGGUCGCAGUGCUUCCUUUCUUGGUUGGCUGUGCGGUUCAGCGAGGUUUCGAAGCUCAGCUCGAAAGACGUGGCUCAUCAUGUUGGCCCAUUGUUCCAAUAGUCUUUGAGGUGUAUAGGUUGUAUCAGGUGACAAGAGCAGCCACUUUUGUGCAGAGGCUGAUGUUUAUGAUGAAAGAUGCGUCAACGACAGUAGAGAUCACAGAGCGAGGUGUUGCGCUCGUUGGUUUGGUUGUGACUCUGCAGUUUCUAGCAGUUAUAUGUCUCUGGUCGCUUAUCACAUUUCUUUUGCGCCUCUUUCCUUCUAGACCUGUUUCUGAAAACUACUAA